AUGGCUAAUUUUGCCGACAAUGACAUCCAGGAGCUCCUACAGCAAGCCGAGCAGCGCCUCAGCGGUGGCCGCAUAGUCGCCAAAGAAGCUUCAACAGCUUCGACGGCCAAGCCAGCGGGAGAAGAGGAUGCUGUCAAGGCCGUAGCAGCUCCCACGCCAGAAUUGGCUCAAGUCCGCGUGCCACAGCCCAAGUUGGAUGCACAGCGGAAGGGUAAGAACACAGCAGGGGCUGAUUGGUUUGAUCUUCCCAAAACCGACAUGACGCCAGAGUUCAAGAGAGACUGGCAACUCUUGCGCAUGCGAAAUGUCCUAGACCCUAAACACCAGAGAAAAAACCUCCGAGCUAGCGCCCCCGUAUAUUCGCAGGUGGGCAAGAUCAUUGCCAGUCCAAUGGACCCAUCAAGCGCAAGACUUGGCCGUAAAGAGAGAAAGCAGACACUGCUAGAGGGCGUCAUGGUUGCACAUAAUGACAACAAGCUUGCUGGCAAAUACUCCGACAUACAGGAGAGGAAGAGGUCAGGACGCAAAGCAUUCUACAAAUCAGUAGUUUCCAAACGACGACAGAGGAAUUAG